AGUUAUCAAACUUAUUUGUUACCUCAAAAUAUAUCCACUUUAAUUUAUCAUACAACUCAUUCCUAUCUUUCUCACAAACUUAAUUUUCAUAAAAAUGGAGGUGGCAUUGAACAACAACAACAGCCACAAGUUCUUAUCCAAAAUUGCAACCAAUGAUGGGCAUGGUGAAAACUCACCAUAUUUUGAUGGUUGGAAGGCAUAUGAUACUGACCCUUACCACCCUCAAAACAACCCAACCGGUGUUAUUCAAAUGGGCCUAGCCGAAAAUCAACUUUGCUUUGAUUUGAUCCAAGAAUGGAUGGCAAAGCACCCGGAAGCAUCCAUAUGCACACAUGAAGGAGGUUUUGACUUCAAGGAGAUUGCUAUUUUCCAAGAUUACCAUGGGUUACCAAAGUUUAGAAGCGCGAUUGCGAAUUUCAUGAGUCGAGUCAGGGGAAGCCGUGUGAAGUUUGAUCCUAACCGUAUCGUGAUGAGCGGUGGAGCCACUGGAGCUCAUGAGACGGUGGCGUUUUGCUUGGCUAACCCUGGCGAAGCCUUCUUGGUGCCCACUCCUUACUAUCCAGGGUUCGAUCGUGACUUAAGAUGGCGAACUGGAGUCCAGCUUAUACCCGUUGUUUGUGAAAGCUCAAACGACUUCAAAGUCACCCUUGAAGCCCUCCAAGAGGCUUAUGACAAGGCCAACGAAUCCAACAUCAAAGUCAAAGGUUUACUCAUAACCAACCCAUCAAAUCCAUUGGGUACAUUCUUCGACAAAGAAACACUAAAAACUCUAGUCACUUUCAUCAAUGACAAAAACAUCCAUCUCGUUUGCGACGAGAUCUACGCUGGCACGGUGACUAACGCGAAUGAAUUCAUAAGCAUAGCCGAAAUCCUUGAUGAAUUUCCUAAAAUAUGCGAUCAUAAUCUAAUCCAUAUUGUUUAUAGUCUCUCAAAGGACAUGGGCUUCCCCGGGUUCAGGGUAGGAAUAAUAUAUUCCUACAAUGACACCGUAGUGAAUAUUGCGCGAAAAAUGUCAAGUUUUGGGUUGGUCUCAACCCAGACCCAAAACAUGAUAGCCUCGAUGCUAUCAGAUAAUGAUUUUGUUGAAAAUUUUAUUCACGAGAGCAGGGUCAGACUAGCCAAUAGGCACGAUACGUUCACAAGAGAGCUGGCCCAAGUUGGAAUAGGCAGCCUAAAGAGCAAUGCAGGGCUCUUUUUCUGGAUGGACCUACGUGGUUUCUUGAAAGACGCGACAUAUGAGUCAGAAAUGACGUUUUGGCGAAUUAUAAUUAAUGAAAUCAAGCUUAACGUGUCUCCAGGCUCAUCUUUCCAUUGUUCUGAGCCAGGAUGGUUUCGGGUUUGCUUUGCUAACAUGGAUGACGAGACAGUUACGGUUGCAGUACGUAGAAUUGAGUCCUUUGUCCUUAAAACCAAAAUGCUCGAGAUCAAGCCCAAAAAGAAACAAUGCUGGAACCUUCACCUCAAGUUAUCGUCUCGCAGGCUUGAAGAUAUCAUGUCACCUCACUCUCCACUCAACUCGCCCAUGGUUCGAGCACAAACUUAGACGAACAUCAUGCGAGUAUAAAUAUAAAGUCUUUAAUAUAACAAGGUUUUUCUAGUCUCUUUUUCUAAAAAGAGGCUGGUUAUAGAAGUGUAACUAUAUAAUGUGUGAUUUUUUUGUUACUUUUUGCAACUUACAAUGAAAGUUUGAUGCAUUUUAUUAUUUUAUUAAAUAAACUUUUUGUGGGCUUUACCA